AUGCAAACAGGAAAAUUGAAUUUUCGGAUAGAACUUCUAUACAUUAGUAUGGGAAUUUACGGGUUAUGGGGAGUACUGUCACCUGUUCAAGAAUACCGUCCAUUGGUUAAAAUUGGCUGUGACUCAGUUGCUGUUGAUCUUAGCAUAUGGAUUUGUGGAGAUAAGUCAAUCGGAUCAAUGCCUGGAUUGCAUUUGAGGAAUCUAUUUUUUCGGUUGGUUAGCUUGUUGCGUCAGAACACAUUACCAAUAGCAGUUUUGGAUGGUGUCGCUCCAACACUCAAAGCAGGUGUUAUGGAGCAUAGGCAACAGAAAUGCAUGCGGAAGGCUACUGUACAGAAAGAUUGGAAGCCGAACGUCAAUAGAACACGUUUUUCGAAAGUUUCACAAGAGUGUGUCCAGUUAUUGAAUUCGUUUGGUGUUCCUUGGGUUCAGAGCCCUGGAGAAGCAGAAGCUAUGUGCGCUUUUCUUAAUUCAAAUAAGCUUGUAGACGCUUGCAUCACUAAUGAUGGCGAUGCUUUCCUCUAUGGCGCUGAAACAGUUUAUCGUCAUUUCUCCAUGGAUAGUCGGGAUUCCAGUGUUCGCGUCUAUCAUAUGCAGUCGAUUCAUAAAGUAUUGAAUUUAACAAGAUCUGAUUUAGUAUUAUUAAGUCUUUUAUUAGGCUGUGAUUAUUGGCCUACCGGUGUGUCACGUCUUGGUCCAGUUGGAGCAUUGCGUUUGAUCGCUUCGCUUAAAUCAGAAGUUCUGAAUGUCAAUGAACAAUUUCUGCUGAAAUUUUUAUCCUGGCUUAUAAAUAAUUGUCCAAAAAGUAGUUGUGAAGACUUUUUGUGCAAUCCUUUUGGUCUUCAUAUGAAUCCCAGUGUUAUAAAAUUGUGGUUACAUGUUGGUGUUGAACUGAAAGAUUGCCCAUAUAAAGAAAUAUUUGCAGAAUUUCUAACCAACUUUGAAGAACGUCGUUGGACUUUGCCUAAACGUGAAUCAAUCUGUCAAUGGAAACGACCAGACCCAAGAAGAAUUGUACCUUUCUGUCAGGUGCAUUUAAACUGGGAUCCAGUGUAUACCCUUCAACAUUUCUUGCCUAUCAUGGCUUUAUGGGAUUUGAGACAUCCUCAAGUUUAUAAGUCACCAUCACUGAUAAACUCACUGAUAGAUUAUCAGAUUGAUGAUUCUAUUAUUUUACAACCAUUAAGGAUAGUAAAGAAACGCGUAGUCAAUUAUGUUGAGUCAUUCGAGGUUGAAUGGAAAAGAUUAGCAUUCGACAAAUGGACAGGUCAAAGCGAGCUAAAUUCACUGAAUGAAAAUGGUCAAAAAGACAAUAUUUUCAAAAAUGGCUAUUAUUAUUAUUUUUCUGUUCCACAAGUAGAAUUCUGUAAAGUUCAUAAUGACUUGUACUCAACAUUUAUUGAAAACGGUAUUCAGAAACAAUCUCAGUCAAAGAAGCAAAAGCAGAAGAAGACGAAGACGACGGCGAAGAAGUCUAGUAACAGUGAGAAAGGUCAACAACUUCCAAUUGAUGAAUUAUUUAAAGGAUUGUCUAUUUCAUCUAACCAGUUAAAUAAGAAUGAAUCUGAUGUAGUGUAUAAGGCGUCUAGUGUGCAAACUUUACCCACUAAAGCCAAUCCCUAUCCACUAUGGGAUUCAGAUACGUCUAGCCUUGUCGAUGAUGAUCAUGAUGACGAUGGUGAUGGUGAAAGUGAAUACAUGAAUCGAAAGCACUCGUUAGCCGAUGAUGCUAUCAACUCAGAAGUGAACGUUGGUUAUAAGAGUGAUAGUGAAGUAUUGUACAAUCAUACAGACUGUAAAACAUCUCCAUCAUCACCGCCUUUAUCGUCCUCUUCAUCUUCAUCUGCUCCAUCGUCAUCUCCGUUGUAUAAAUUCAAAUCAGCAUUCCCCAGUCUCUCUAGACGUUCUUCUUCAUUGUCUAAUCUAAUCAAUCAUUGUAUGCUGCUGAAAACUUCACUGCUAUCCAAUUCUAUGAUGUCUGAAAGACAAAGAUCACAUUCAAAGAUUUUUUCAUCGUCGUCAUCGUCAUCGAUAUUUUCCAGGUCUUCAUCUUUUGCUAGUAGUAACAUGAAUAACAACAGCAAUAAUGACAACGACCUUGAUAGUAAUGCUGAUGUUCAUCAUCUAUGCAGUGUUGCUUGGAUAACUGAAAAGUUUCGUACGCCUAAAACUUUGAAAGAUCGUCUAGGCGUUACAAAAUACUUCUAA